AAGACUGAUACUCCUUGGCACGCAGCCGCCAUGGGGCAAAGCUGCUGCUUUGGAAGGGAGAAGGAAGAGAUACCCGAUGUUCAAGCCGUCUGCAAUGGUGGCGCUUUGACCGCAGAUGCCACCGAUUGCCAGGGCUUGCCACGCGAAGUGGGCAACAGCACCGCGGUGACGCUCAACGAUGUGAGCAAGAAUGUGAGCAUUACUCAGAACUUGCCGCGCGACACCUCUGAGAUGGCGCAGUGUGCAGAUGUGAACCCCGACUAUGCAGCUGCAGAUGGUUCUUUGGAGAGGACUCUACAGCAGGCCACUGCCGUGCCAACACGCGGAAGCUCGGAGGUGAUCUCUUCCAAGCAUCCUGCAACACCAGCCCCAGCUCCCAAGCCGCAGCCAAAAGCAAGACCAGCAGAUGAGCAGGCGAAGCAAGCCCAGGCGGCAGCGCGGAAGAGGAUCGCGGCGCAGUUCAAGACUCUGGCGGAUGCGGACAAAACCGCAGACCCUUCCAGCGCGGUGCCCAAGUGGCGGAAAGGCGGCGCGGUAUCGGACAGCACGGCGGGCGGCGGAAAGGAUUUUGCGGGUGAUUUCCGGACGAUGCCGGCUGCGGCGUGGGAGUGUCUCUAUGCUGGCUUUCAGUCGGUGCCGACACAGGAUUUGGUGCACGACGAGACAUUGACCGGCCCGUGUGGAGAGGUGAAUGCCGGCUACUCUGGAGAGGUCACCACCAAGUGCUUGCUUGGCCAGUUGGUGUUUGAUGGAAACUCUUGCCAGCCAAAGCCUUGCAAGGCAAAACGGGGGGCAGAAGAUUUUCAAGAAAGCCCCGCGAAGAGGACGAAGGUGCAGAAGCCUAGCAGAGCAGAGGCGCAGCUCGACUUCAUCCGCAAACUCAUUUUUUUGCGGCAAGUGCGCGAGGAGCUUCUGCUGCGCUUGCCGGCGCAAGAGUCGAGUUUGUCAGACGGCGAGGUCGUAGCGCAUGCCGAAGGCUUUCAACACCUGGUGGCCGAAGAUGUGUAUGACCCAGAUGAAGAUGGUGGCUUCUUCGAGUGCGUGUACACGCAGGAGUACCACGAGCUCCUCCACGGCAGCAGCUCGCGGGGGUUUGAGGCGUGGGUCGAGCUGGUGUGGCCAGCCGGGUUCCACAUCACCCUUCGGGCUUCUGCGGGUGACGGGGUGCGGUUACUGACGUCCUCAGUGUGGAGGCGAGACGUGCCAGGAACUCAUGCCAUGGUUUGUGGCUUGCUUUCCCAUGACCUUCAGAGAUGCCAGGUCCUGAAUGUUGCAGAAUCUGCACCAUCGACACCCAAUUCAUCUCAAUUGUCGUUGUGGGCCAAAAGGCAAGCUGUCAGAGGUCCAAGGAAGGAGGGGAAGUUGCGCGAGCUCAGCUUCGAUUGGCGUCAGUGGAAACAUUUGUUGACGGGGUCUUUGUUCCCCGCGCGACCCAAGCCAGAAGAUCACCACUAGAUUCGCGCAGCCUCACUUGGAACAUCUUGGAGCGACGCACUUCAUGAAUGGGGGAAGUUCUGGGUAACACGCCCGGAAGUCCCAUCGCUAUUGAAGGAGGAAAUCUAUGAACCCAGG